GGCCAGUGGUCGUGCUGCACGCACGACACUCCGCCGAAGCGCCCUUCGGGUAUUGCCGUGUACGCCGCGUCGGCGUUCGUUCGUUGCCGGCGAUCCGCUGACAUUCGGCCAUGGAUUAUCGAUGAUGAUCGGUGACGAUAAGCGAGAUGCACGUGUCGAGAAUUACUGCAGCUGAUCUGCUCCGGUGAUCUGGCCCGCGCUAGUAUGAUAAAAGGGGGAACCUGACUGGCACGCGCGAGUUUCGGGAACGCGCGUCGUUUUGCCUCGUUCUUCGGCUCGCUCGUGCACCACGUAACGCGGUCGCGAGAGGAGGAAAACCGCGCGGGAAGGCCGUCCAAGUUUCGAUAAUUUGGCGCAUCGUCACUGCCCGCGUAACGAUGCAGCGCGCAUAGAUAAGAGCGAAAAUUAAAUAUGCCCGCGAAGACGAGGCGCCGCGCGAAUAACAUUUCUUAACCCCAGCAUGAAGGUUAGCCCGGUGACUAACGGCUCAUUAGCGUCACGCGUUUGUCACAGUAGCAAUUUUUUAAAAUACGUAAUUUGCAAACGUUCAAGUUCGCCGAUAAGUACUAUCUAACGCCUGUCCGAUAGUGAGCUCGGCAAAGGAAGAUUCAGUUGUAGACGUAGAGCCGAUAUUUUCGCACGGCACGGUCGCAAGGCACGAUGUCGACGUGGAUAAGAGAGUGUACUUUGAGCUGGUUGCAACGCCUGGCUUUAAAGGCUUUAAGGACAGGCCAGGUGCCUAGACAUGUGGCCUUCAUAAUGGACGGUAACAGACGUUAUGCGAACAAGCAGAAUUUAGCAAAAACAGAAGGACACGCGAGAGGGUUCGAGAAAAUGUCAGAAGCGUUAGGUUGGUGCACAGAACUCGGCAUAACAGAGAUCACAGUUUACGCAUUCAGCAUAGAUAACUUCAAACGCAGCAAAGAGGAAGUCGAUGAUCUCAUGGAACUCGCCAGGCAAAAGUUCCAGGGUCUCUUGGAUAAUAGCAAGAAUAUAAUGGAAAAUGGGGUGUGCAUUCGCGUUAUAGGCAAUCUGUCUUUGCUUCCGGAGAACAUACGUAAAUUAAUUAGCCAAGUCAUUAUCAUGACUAAGAAUAACAAUAAAACUAAUCUAAAUAUCGCUUUUGCUUAUACGUCAAGAGAUGAAAUUACUAAUGCGAUUAAGGAUAUAACGACAGCGGUGAAACGUACCGAUAUCUUGCCAGAGGACAUUAAUGAGGAUUUAAUUUCUGACUGUUUGUACACGUAUCACUCUACAAAUCCAGAUUUGCUGAUUCGCACUUCGGGAGAAAUUCGACUCAGCGACUUCCUCAUGUGGCAAAUCUCCGAAACGUGCCUCUACUUCAGCAAUGUACUAUGGCCUGAGUUCUGCGUGUGGGAUUUCAUCCAUGCGAUCUUUUAUUAUCAAAAGUGUUAUCCUGACAUAAAAAGAAUGAUAAAAAAGCAAAGCCUGGUACGAAAGCACAACAAUAGAGUAGCCACGUACGUUGAUAAGCUGCAUCACGAACGCGAAAGCAUGAUCGAAAACUUCUCCCUACCAGCAGUCCAAUCAUAGAAAUCAAACGAUUGCCCGAUGAUUACUUGUAUUUCAGGAAUUACAAGUAUCGAAAUAUUCUGUAGAACUGUUGCAUGUAUUUUUGCUUCGUACCGACAGUUAAUCCACCAGAUUAAGUUCAUUUCAGCUCCCACUUUGUGAAUAUGUAUCUCACUAUCUGAUAUAAAAUUUCUAAUGUUUUAUAUUCCAUGUGUAAUAUAUAUUAUAAUAUUAGAUGACAAUGAAUCAUCAUGCCAUCAUUUUGUACACUUACGUUAUAAUAACGUAAAGAACUAGUCAGAUAGAAAUGAAACCAACCGUUACACAUUACAGCGGAGAAAAAAAUCGCAUGUAAAAUUUGUACAAAUAUCCGUUCUAUUUUGACACAUUUGUAGCACAUUGUGAACUCAGGGAAACGACUAUUAAGAAACACUUCCAGUUAUAAAGAGGUUUCAGAGAGAACAAGUAUGCGAUAAAGUACGGAAAUAAAUAAAUUCUUAAAAUGUGAAAGCGAGAUUUAAGAUUUAAGAUUGAAGUGCUAGAGCAGUUGGAACAAUUACGAAAAUAUUUAUUUCUGAAAUAUCUCUUUUCGAAUUCCCAUUAUUUAAACGUGAAACGUAUAAAAUAGAUAUAUUCCUAUAAAUUAUUUAAAUAAUCGGAAGAGCUCAAGAACUAAAUAAUUGUCGAACAAUCAGGGAACAAUUAUUUAACGAUAAGUUCUAAUAGUAAAUUAUGUAUGAUAAUUUUAGCAAGCAAUAUUAAUAUUCUCCGUUACAAUGGAAUAUCUAUAAUAACUCCAAUUUAUUUGUUUGACUGGAAUAUUUAUGUUCCAAAACAUUCCAGACGUAACACUACUAUUUGUAGAUACUGAAAUUUGCUUCCAAACUAAGAUGUACAUCACGGAGCAUUAAUAAUAUAUAUGUAUAUAUAUUUAUUCAUCUCUCUAUAUAUAUGUACAUUCCAUACAACAGUUUCCCAAAUGUUUUUCGCUGUUAAGUGCAUUGGAAGAUUGUAAAACAAAUGUAUAGUAUAAGGAUAAUAAUGUAAUAAUAUAUCAAAUAAAUAAUGUUAGUCGUAAC